AUGGACGUCUGUGUCGAGAUGAAACCACAUGAAACGUUCAUUCGCAUUUUUAGUGUGUGAACGGUAGCUAUCGACGCUUAUAUACACGCACAGACAUGGAAAGCGGGACACAUAAGAAAACUGAGUGUAUAGAUUGGGGCAGACAUGUUUGUGGACAAACUCUGAUGACAGCCAAUAACGAAACAUGGAAGGAUACAUUAGUAAAGAACGCACAUGAUGGGCUACCUCAGCCAUCUCCAGAUUGUGACAGAUGCUCAGUGAUAUCAGGAGAGUGCCUCUAUUAUCAUUAUGGUUGUGAUGGCAAGGAUGACAUAGGUUGGGGUUGUGGAUACAGGACUAUUCAGAGCAUGGCUUCAUGGUUGAGUUUUGAUCCACCUCUCAGUGUGAGCCGGAGACACCCACCUAGUCUUUCUGAAAUACAACAAACUUUGGUGGAAAUAGGGGACAAACCUGAUGCAUUCCUGGGAUCCAGGGAGUGGAUUGGGACAUUUGAGGCAGGUCUUGUUCUUGACCAGCUCUAUGAUGUUCCCUGCCGCAUAGUGCAUGUGCGGUGUGGCAAGGAGCUUGAUCAAGCCGUAGAAGAUCUUCAUGACCACUUCCUUACUUGUGGGUCACCUGUUAUGAUGGGAGGAGACAGGGACAAUUCCUCUAAGGGGAUCUUAGGUGUGUGCACUGGUAAACGGGGGAGUUACUUGCUUGUUAUGGACCCUCAUUACUUUGGCUGUCCCUUGGAUAAAAAGUCAUUGCAAAGUCAAGGUUGGGUUUCAUGGAAAGCAGUUGGUUCUUUGGAUCAGUGCUCUUUCUACAAUCUUUGUCUCCCUCUUACUACUAAGAAGUGACAGUGUUGGCCUUUCUCCCCUUGUCUACACUGUGAUCUGUAUGUGAGGAUUUUUACAAUAUGCAUUGUCUUAAUCCAGAGAUAUGAGUGGAACAAGGACUAUUAGGUUAAAUAUCCUAUAAAAUGCACAGUUUCUUUAUGUAGCUGCCUUAUUUGGCAGAAUUAGUAAUUUUCUGUUUCACCCAAUCACAUGAAUAAAAUAACUAAAUAAAAAUGGAAUUUACAUCCAUGCUCAUUUCUGUCUUGCAUUAACAUGUGCCCCAAAGCUGUCACAGCAAGAGCAAAGUAGUAUUUGAAUGUCAUACCAUGAUAACAAACUGAUAAAUGAACCACAUGUGACUUUUUUUAUUUUAAUAUUUAUUUCACAGAUGAGACUUGUGUUAACAGCAUCCUGAAGUUUGUCUGUUCUG